AUGAGACGUUUAACUACUGGGAACCGACACACUACCUCAUUUAUGGAAAGGGAUUUCAGACAUGGGAAUACUCUCCAGCCUAUGCCAUCCGCUCCUAUGCUUACCUGUGGCUUCAUGCCUUACCGGCCUUGUUCCAUGCUAGAGUUCUACAAACUAACAAGGGCUGUGUGCAAGAAGUUUGGGCUGCAUGUGAGCCGGCUUAUGUUGGCCUUCUUGGUACUCAGCACUGGGAUGUUUUGCUCAUCUGCAGCUUUCCUCCCAAGCAGUUUCUGCAUGUACACCACAGUGAUUGCCAUGACUGGCUGGUAUAUGGACAAGACCUCUGUAGCAGUGCUGGGUGUGGCUGCUGGAGCCCUUCUGGGUUGGCCCUUCAGUGCAGCUCUUGGGCUUCCUAUUGCCUUUGACUUGUUGAUACUGAAGCAGAGGUGGAAAAGUUUCAUAAACUGGUGUCUGGUGUCUUUGAUCCUGUUUUUGGUGCCGUUGAUAGUUGUGGACAGCUAUUACUAUGGGAAGCUGGUAGUUGCACCUCUCAACAUUGUUUUGUACAAUGUUUUCACCUCUCAUGGACCAGAUCUCUAUGGUACUGAACCCUGGUGCUUCUAUUUCAUCAAUGGUUUUCUGAAUUUCAAUGUGGCAUUUAUUUUGGCACUGCUUGUGCUGCCACUGACUUAUCUCAUGGAGUGUCUGCUUCAGAAAUUUCAUGUUCAGAAUCUAGGCCGUCCCUACUGGCUGACGCUAGCUCCUAUGUACAUUUGGAUCAUGAUUUUCUUCAGUCAGCCCCACAAAGAAGAGAGGUUUCUCUUUCCCAUCUAUCCCCUCAUCUGCCUCUGUGGUGCUGUGGCUCUGUCUGCUCUUCAGAAAUGUUACCCCUUUGCAUUCCAACGCUACCGCCUGGAACACUACACAGUCUCCUCCAACUGGCUGGCUCUGGGGACUGUCUUUCUCUUUGGCCUUUUGUCACUGUCACGCUCUGUUGCCUUAUUCAGAGGCUACCAUGGGCCCCUGGACCUGUACCCAGAAUUUCACAGGAUUGCUACUGACCCAAGUAUUCAUACUGUGCCAGAGGGGAGACCGGUUAAUGUCUGUGUGGGAAAGGAGUGGCACAGAUUUCCAAGCAGCUUUCUCCUGCCAGAGAAUUGGCAGCUCCAGUUCAUCCUGUCAGAAUUCAGGGGCCAGUUACCAAAACCAUUUGCCAAGGGACCAAUGGCCACACGGAUCAUUCCCACUGACAUGAACGACCAAAACAAGGAAGAGCCAUCUCGAUAUAUUGACAUUUCCAAAUGCCACUAUCUGGUAGACUUGGAUACAGCAGCUGAAACCCCAAGGGAGCCAAGGUAUUCUUCCAACAAAGAAGAGUGGAUAACCAUUGCCUACAAGCCAUUUCUAGAUGCUUCCAGGUCCUCAAAGCUGCUGCGUGCAUUCUACAUCCCUUUCCUCUCAGAGCAGUAUACGUGGUAUGCAAACUAUACUAUUCUGAAAUCCCGGAGGUCGAAGCAAACCAGGAAAAAAAUGGGAGGCUAGCAACACACCUGGGCAACAAAACCAAAAGCAUCUGCUGACACUCUUGGACAGCUGCCUAAGCCCUCCUAAGCCAUCUUCAGUUCCCUUUUUGAAAGAUUGUUCUUGUAAGAUUCACUAAUAAAGAUUUUGCAGGAAGUGAUUUGCUCUGCAA